AUGAUCACACUCUUUAUGACCCUCCUUCUCUUCACUUCAGUGAAAACAUCUGGCAUAAAGGAGAUUCAAGUAAAAAAAUUAAAGCGGGGUGAAAAUGUAGUUCUAAACUGUAACACAAAUAAUGCAGUUUGGUUAAAACAGAGUUAUGGAAACGUUCCUCAGUGGAUAGUGAGACGAGACGAAACCUCAGUCAGAGUUGGAUUAGGAUUGUCUAAUAAACGAUUCAGCAUAAAUGAACCAUUUCAUCUCAACAUUACAAAUCUCAAAGAAGAGGAUACAGGAACAUAUUUCUGUGCAGAUGUGCAGAGCUCUUCACUACACUUUGGACCUGGAACCUUUUUAGUUGUUGAAGCUGAGGAGGUGAGGCAGCGUCCCCCGACUGUAACGGUGAUGGAGGACGGAAAGUCGCUCACACUCCAGUGUUCAGUACAAGCGUUUACUCCAAGCUGUGAAGAACAGAGUGUGUACUGGUUCAGACACCGCUCAGGAGAACCUCAUUCAGGAAUCAUUUACACUCAUGGAGACGGCAGUGAUGAGUGUAAGAAGAUCUCCGAGGCUGGUUCUCCUACACAGAGCUGUGUCUACACUCUCCCCAAGGGGAAGCUCACAACCUCGGAUAAUGGAACCUUCUACUGCGCUGUGGCUGCAUGUGGACAAAUCCUCUUUACUAACGGAAUUAAAGUGGAAGAAAAUCAAAUGAAAGAAAAUAGCCACUGGAUUACUUUUGCUUUAACAACCUCCAAUUUAAUAUUUCUUAUUGUAAUCAUGGUUCUGGUUGGGGUUUUAAUUAAAAAACAAAGA